AUGACUACAUUUAAACAACUUCUCUUGGUCGCUUCGAUUCUAGCAAUCCUCCUCAUUUCAUCUGACGCAUCACCAGGAUACGGAUACGGGUAUUACGGGUAUUAUCCUCCUUACAAUUACGCAGACCAGUCUGGUGGCUGCUCUAUAAAUCAAAAUGCUAAUUUUGGCACUAACAACGCGAAAUGUUGUUUCGUCAAUGGAAAUUGGGUUUGGGUUUCGGGCGACCUAUUACUAUACAUGUGA